AUGUAUAAUACUUCGUUCUACCUUGCAUCCCCUCAACCAGCCUAUAUUCAGUCAUCUUAUUUUAGAUAUUAUCAGCCACCAGUCAAAGUGAUCAUUAAGCCACCAAAUUUCCAAAUAUAACAACCACCAAUUUCGACAACAAGAGUGUAUCAUACUUAACCAAUCAUCCCUCCUCGACAUAGUAAUUCCAUCCAUCAAUCCUACAUAACAAGAACCAUGGCACCACCAACCUAAUAAAUGCCUCUGAAUACUUCCUAUUAACAAUAACCCUUUGUUAGAUCAUCCAUUCCAUAUCAACCGUAGUCGUAGCAGUAUUCAAAAUCCUUUCAUCAAUAAUAACCAGUUACUCCUUAGGUUUAAUCGAGACAAUCGAAACCAGCCCCAUAAUCAAAGUCGAAUUAUUAAGCAGCUCCACAAUAUUAACACAAACCUCAAUACUCUCAACCUCCGAUCCUUUCCUAACAGGAUGACGAUCUGGAAAAGAAGUUCCAAGAUGCAAUCGAUAGAACGAGGGAUUUGGUUCAGAAGUACAAUAAACCGUAACCAAAAUAAGAGGAAUAACAGUAACUCCAAGAUUUGGCCUUGCAAUACGAAGAUGGGUACAUUUAUAGAGGUCAAGGAUAUGAACCAGCAACAAGAGAAGGAUUUGGGGUUUUGAAUGAUCAAAAUGACAAUGAAGUAUACAGUGGCUAUUGGCAAGACAACCAAUACCAUGGGCAAGGAAAACUGAUUAACUAUUCAGCAGAAGAAAUCAAUGGUCCUUUCGAUUAUAGAGAUCUGAGUGUCAUUGAGAAUGGUUGGUUAAGUUACGAGGGAGAGUUCUAUUAGGGCAAGAUGCAAGGAAAUGGAGCUUUGUAUCUUACCAAUGGAGAGCGCUAUGAAGGGUAAUUCAAUGAUGGCAUGAUCGAGGGCAAAGGAGUAUUCAUCACUCAAGACGGAGAAUAAAUUGAGGGAAUUUGGAGAGAGGGUGUAUUAGAAAAUUGA